UAAUUUAUGAUACCGCUAUGCAUUUGAGAAUCGUACCUUUUGUUUUUAAUUCCCCUGAUGCCAACGCCCCUUGUGUAUUGUCGUGGGGUUUAGUGAAGAACGCAAGGGUAUCAGGAAAUACAGGCCUUUGAUUGCAUCACCAAACAUUCUCGUCCUUGGGCUUUGAAUUUAUUCUAUACUGUUGCCUGGUCACUAAUUAUGAUCCCAAUUAUUAGUACAAAUGGACGCCGAGGGAUUGAGUGUUUGGACCAAUAUUUUACUCUUUUUCCUUAUAUUAUUAUUAUUUAGAUUCCGUUUGCAUGAGAAGAUUUGUUGAAAAGCUGACGUCUGCCGCAAGAGUUGGAACAGUUAUCUUUUUAUAAUUUCUAUGGGCUUUAUGUUUUGCAGAAGCUUUUUUUUUUUCAUUAUUUUCCUUUAUCAAUGCUCUUGAAGUAGUUUUGUUCUGCCUUUUAUGAAGUUUCAUGAGCAUUGCUACACUGGAAAUACGGUAAGAAUAAAGGUUUGAGCUCAAGCUGAUGCCAGUACUUUAUGAAUUUCCUGCAGUUAGGGAAGUCAUACCAUUUGUUGAGAGGCUGCAAAAUUAUACAAUUCCUGUUUGAGAGGCUGGAAAAUUAUACAAUUCCUGUUGUUCACAUAUUGAUACCAUCUAGGUUGUAUUUUUAUUGGUAAAAAACAAUUGAUUUUGGUGAUUUGCCUUUGCUGCUUAUGUUGCUACAAACUGAGUGCUUGAUGAGGGUGUCUGGUAAACUAGUUGAUCAUCAUGAUUUACUUUUGCUGCUUGUGUUACUACAAAAUGAGUUCUAGAUUAGGGUGUCAAGAACAUGAAUUCAAAUAAUUCAUUUAUAUAUACAUGCUUUGAGAUAACCAGACAUUUCUAGUUAUGCUUCUAAUUAGUCUUAGUUAAUGAAUUGAAUAGUAUAUGAUGAAAAACUGCAAGUUAAAUGAUCUUAAAUAACUGAAUAGCUUGUAAUCCUUGUACAUUGUGCUUGUGGGUACACAUGCAUGCAUCUACGUUUGUAUUUUUAGUGGCAGGGUCCCAUGCAAUUGUUGUUGUUUAAUUAAGUAUAGUCAAAUAGCCAUAAGCUUUUUCACUAAAAAAUGUUGUUUGUAGCAAUACUUUUUUGCUGUUUCAAGAACUAGCUGUUUCACUUGAAAUGUUAUUUUUGUAGCAUCACUUUUGGAAUCUGGAGGUUUUCAUGCUCCCUUGGAUGAAGGUUUGCUUUUGAAGAACAAGUCCAAGGAGAUUGAACCAUAUUUAAAUGGACGUUCUAUCUAUCUUGUCGGAAUGAUGGGCUCUGGAAAGACAACUGUGGGCAAGAUCCUGGCCCAAGUACUCAGUUAUUCUUUUUUCGACAGUGAUGCAUUAAUUGAGAAGACUAUGGAUGGAACAUCUGUAGCUGAAAUCUUCACGCUUUAUGGGGAGAGCUUUUUCAGGGAUAAGGAGACUGAGGUAUUGCGGAAGCUAUCUUUAAUAGACAGACAUGUUAUUUCCACUGGUGGAGGUGCAGUUACUCGGCCUAUCAAUUGGAAAUAUAUGCAGAAGGGAAUUACUCUUUGGUUAGAUGUACCUUUAGAAGCAUUGGCACGCAGAAUUGCUGCAGUAGGAACUGAUUCUCGCCCGCUUUUGCAUCAUGAAUCAGGCGAUGCAUACACAAAGGCCUUCAAGCGUCUGUCUGCACUUUUUGAAGAGAGAGGUGAAUCAUAUGCCCAAGCCAAGGCUAGGGUUUCGUUAGAAAAAAUUGCUUUCAGAUUAGGUCAUGGAGAUGUAUCCAAGCUUACACCAACUGUUAUCGCAAUUGAGGCACUUGAACAAAUUGAAGGCUUGCUAGAGGAAGAAGGUGGCAUGGCCAUAGCAGGAUUUUAGUAGCUUCCAAGCUUUACACGUUAUUCUUAUGAGUUUCGAUGUGAAUAUUAUUAUGGCUAUGCACAUGCUUGGUUUCCAAUUUUAGCCGUGGAACAUGGCAUGAGAGUGCAGGUUGGAGUCAAAUUACUUAACUACCACAUUGAUUGUGUCCUUAAGAUGCAGCGCAUAGCUGUUGCUGGGCUUGGACGAAAUAAUAUCGCGUAUGAUAUCAUUGUUUGUUAAAAGUUGACGUCGGGAUUCAACCAAUGUUAGAUGUGGCGGGUUUUGGUUUAGGUACUCCUGCAUAAAUGUCUGCUUGAAGAAAUUGUUUAUGGAUAUUGUUGUGGCUUCAAAUGUCAGUUUGCUGUGGAUUGAAAACCGCUUCCUUGCAAUGUUAAAAGGUGCCGUCUCCGUAAGUGUGAUUUAUGAUUGA